AUGAUGCGAAAGAGAGGCUACGCACUUCGAGGUCAAAAGGUGGCUAUUCGGGGUGAGUUCCAGCGAAAACCCAGAGUCUCCAUGCUUGCGUUUAUUGGUGUCAAUGGCAUUAUUGACUACUAUGACACUGUUGGAACAUUUGACCGAUUAGAGUUUGCUCGAUGUUGUCAAGAUUUUGCGUACUCUAAGCGUGCCAGUGCUCGACCUUACCCCAGAACUAAUUCUGUUUGGAUUUUAGAUGGUGCAUCCAUCCAUCGACACCCUGAAAUUGUGCAUUAUCUAAGAAGUAUCGGAAUUGUACCGAUUUUUCUACCUGCCUAUUGCCCUCCACGAAUCGUGACUUAA